AUUCUAACUAUAAAUAGGGAUUAAAUCCCUUUUAAGAGGUAAUAUUAUAUAUAUAUAUAUAUUUAAAAAGAUAUUAUUAAAUAACAUCUAUCUGCUUAAUAAUGACGGACAAAGUGCCGUUAUUUGAAGAAGAUAAAACUUACAUUAAUGAAGAUCAUAUACAUUCAUUUGCAAAAGCUUUAGUUUGGGAUACUAACCAUGAUGAUUUAAUAGACACAUCACCAACUACUCCCAGCACUACUCUAUGGCUUAGUCCAAACACACUGAGGACUGAUUUGUCUGAACUGAUCCAUAGAGAGGCAGAGCUGAUAGCAGUUGCUGAUAUGGAUAAAAAUUCACUUUCUGUAACACCUUUAGUUAAACCAGAUCUUAUCACUUCAAAGAAUGAUUGGUUCCCAUUAACUAAUGUUACAUCAUCACCUGCAUCACGUCGUCAUUCAAGAACAACUCCAAGACGUAAAUCAACUAAUGGUAAACGUAAAUCAUUAUCAUCAUCUACCCCACAAGUAUCAACAUUUCGAAACUUAAGAAAUGAAUUUCGCAGUAGUGCUAGUUACACAAUAUUGAGAUGGCCUUUAUUAACUAUCUUAAUAAUAUUUAUUAUAAUCCUUGGAGCCAUAUAUUUAUCGAUUAGAUUAUAUGUGGCUCUACUGGAAUAUUAUUUUACUUGGACUGGUAAACGGAAAAGGUUAAGAGAUAAGUUAAGAGGUUCCACUAGUUAUCAAGAAUGGAAAUAUAAUGCUUUAGAACUUGAUAAAUAUCUUAAUUUAGAUAAAUGGUCAGAUAAUCCUAAAUUUUCAUAUUAUGAUUCAAAGACAAUUAAAUUGACAAUCUUAAGAUUACAAGUCUUAAGAAAAGAAAAUCGCGAUGAAGAUUUGGUGGUGUUUUUACAAGGAUGUUUAAAAUCCAAUUUUGCUGGGAUAGAAAAUAGACAAUUAUAUUCCCAUAGAUAUUAUGGGACAAAAUAUCUUGUUGAUGAAUAUUAUCAAGAAGUUGUUCUUGCAAUUAAUCAAGUGACUGAUUCUCCUAAAUUAUCACAAUCAGUAAAGAGAAAGUUCUUUAGAAUAGUUCUGAAAAAUUAUGGUAAAACUGCUUUAUGUCUUAGUGGUGGAGCAUGUUUUGCAUAUACUCAUUUUGGAAUCGUGAAGGCUCUACUUGAUAAUGAUUUAUUACCUUCAAUCAUAUCAGGAACUUCAGGUGGUGGAUUAGUAGCAGCUCUUGCCUGUACUAGAACUGAUGAAGAAUUGAAAAAAUUACUUGUACCAGAAUUAGCUAGAAAAAUCACUGCAUGUGAAGAUCCUUGGUGGGUUUGGAUUCCAAGAUUUUGGAAAACUGGUGCAAGAUUUGAUGCUAUUUCAUGGGCAAGAAAGUCUUGCUUCUUUACUUAUGGUUCAACUACAUUCCAAGAAGCAUAUGAAAGGACAGGUAGAAAAUUAAACAUUUCGACUGUUCCUGCUGAUCCUCAUUCUCCAGUGAUUUUAUGUAAUAAUAUAACUUCACCACAUUGCAUUAUUUGGUCAUCAUUAUUAGCAUCAUCAGCUGUUCCAGGUAUUUUAAAUCCAGUUGUGUUGAUGAUGAAGAAUCCCAACAAUGGAGAAGUUAUACCAUUUUCUUUGGGUAGUAAAUGGAGAGAUGGAUCUUUACGUACUGAUAUUCCUGUCGAUGCAUUGAAUACGUAUUACAAUGUUAAUUUCCCCAUAGUAUCUCAAGUCAAUCCUCACAUUUCAUUAUUUUUCUUUGCUCCUAAGGGUACAGUUGGUAGACCAGUUGCUAGUCCAAGAAGUAGAACUAAUAAUGAAAAGUAUGCUUACUUGAGAGGAGGAUUUAUUGCUGCUGCAUUAGAACAACUUCUUAAAUUAGAAAUCACCAAAUGGUUAAGAUUAAUUAAAUCAUUAGACUUAUUACCACUUUUCUUAGAACAAGAUUGGCUGAAUAUAUUCUUACAAAGAUUUUCUGGAGCAAUAACUAUUUGGCCUAGAAAUAAAUUAAUUGAUUUUUGGUAUAUUCUUAGUGAUCCAACCGAAGAAAGGUUAGCAGAAAUAAUUUCCAAAGGUGAAAAAUCCAUGUUUCCUCGACUUUUAUUUAUAAGACAUCGAGCUGGAAUUGAAAAGGCAAUUGAGAGAGGUAGAAAAUUGUCGAAAUUAACUACAAAUAUGAGAGCAGGUUCCCCAUCGUCAAUAGAAAUUCAAAAUGACUUUGAGUUUUAUAAGGCGCAAUAUGAUGAUGAGGAUGACCAUGAUGAAGAUCUUGAUGAUGAUUAUGAAGGAGAUGAUACUGAAUUGGCAUUUCGAAAGUCGUUAUCCGAACAAAUUAGUGCUAUUGGAGAUAUACUAGAUGUGGAAGAUGAAGAAAGCAUUGAUGAUGAUUUUGUUACCGAGGAAUAUAUUGUCGAAAAAGAUGAUGAUGAUGAACAAGAAGAAGACGAUAAAGGAGAAAUUAAAGUAGAUAAACUGGCUGGUACCAACCCAAGAAACUUUGUUACAUCCUUAUUUAAGACCAAACCAUUUAAAAGGAGAAGGAAUACGGUUUUCUAAUUUGAUUAACCUUAUAUUUCUCUAUAUAGAUAUCCCUCUAUUUAAUUUAUAUAUCCCUGUAACAGUUUAAUUUAAUUUUAUUUAAUAUAAUGACUUUAUUAAAUCAUACAGA